UCAAUUCCUUCAUGGUAACUCAGAAAGUGAGUGAAGAUGGAGAGUUUAAGGAAUAUGUUGAAAGGGUUAAAACCAGCGGUGUUAAUGGUGAUGGUGCAAGUUGCAUAUGCAGGAGUGAAUGUGUUGUUCAAACUCGCCAUUAACGAUGGCAUGAGCAUGAGGAUCGCCACCGCGUAUCGCCUUCUCUUCGCAUCGGCCUUCACUCUUCCUCUUGCUUUGCUCUUUGAAAGGAAUAAGAGACCAAAGCUCACUCGGAGGCUAAUGUUCAUGGAAUUUCUUUGUGGCUUGUUUGGGGGAAGUUUAUUACAAAACCUUUACUUCGAGGCUAUGGCUUUGACAUCGGCAACAUUAGUUUCUGCUAUCUAUAACCUUAUUCCACCUAUCACUUUCGUCAUGGCUAUCAUAUGGGGCUUAGAGAGAUUGAACUUGGGAACAGCAGGAGGGAAAGCAAAGAUACUAGGAACUAUAAUAGGCCUCAGUGGGGCAGCACUUCUCACAUUCUUCAAAGGUUUUGAAGUUCAUAUCUGGCCCUCCCAAAUUAACCUUUUACACCAUGACCAAAACGAAAUCGUAUCACCUGCUGAUCACUCAGAGAAACAAAGAUUGUUAGGUGUUCUAUGUUCCAUCUUGAGCUGCUUCUCCUUUGCUUUUUGGCUUAUUGUUCAGGCACACAUGGGUGAAGAUUGCCCGAGCUAUCUGUCUAGCGCAGCUUUGAUGUCUAUAAUGGGAGCAAUACAAGCCACUUUGUUUGCUCUCUGUGUUGAUAGAGAUUGGGACAAAUGGAAAUUAGGUUGGAAUGUUAGGCUUCUCACCGUCUCCUAUGCGGGAAUUGUGACAUCUGGAUUGGUGGUGAUGAUAAUUGCAUGGUGUGUGCAGAUGAGGGGUCCCUUGUUUACAUCAGUGUUCCAACCUCUAAUGCUUGUAGUAGUGGCCAUUGCUGCUUCUUUGACCUUGAAUGAGAAACUCUAUUUAGGAAGUGUGCUUGGAUCAUUUCUGAUAGUGUGUGGGUUGUACAUUGUGGUAUGGGGUAAGAGCCAAGAAAUGAAAAUGAAGACUGAGUUGGUCCAGUCAAAAGAAGACAGCAAACAAGAAGAUCAACCUGAGCCAAUACUAGAAGUUGUUGUGUUCAAUAAAGUUCAUGCUGGUUCAUCAUGAACUGAGCAUGAACCUCUCUCUCUCUCUCUCUCUCUCUAGAUCUCCCUCUCCAUAUAUAGGCAAUAUAUUGAUCUCUCUCUGGGCAAUAACAAUGUUGAAGAGAGCACUUCAAGGACCAACAGUGUUCUUAGAAGGUUUCUGUGUUUAGAUAAAACGAAGUAAUUUAUUAUUA